AUGCUCCCAAGUGGAAACGUCAAGGUUGACUGGUUCAAGGCAAUGGAGCAAAACUUUGUGCGCCGACAGCUCAACGACAAUGUCGAGUCAAGUCCUGGGUUACCUGUCGGGAUAUCCCUGCACAUCAUGCGGCGUGGUGGUUGUUUCUACCGCGUGUUUGAGUCGCCUGAGCGGCGUUUUGACUUCCGGGAGCUUAUGGCCUGGUGUCGCUGGGGGGAUGCAAAGACCUGCUGUGAGUACCUUGUCACAAGAACAUUGAGCAAUGCCAUUGACCCGCGCUUGUUGCUUGAGAAACGGUCCCUGGUUCCAAGUGGUGUUCAUGGUGGUAAUCUUGGUGUGCAUCUUACAGCGGACAACAUCGCAGCUGCGGUGAUGAAGUGUCUGCGCGUGGAGUCAGUCUUGUCGCAACACGUUGGGCUGCCCGUGGCAAAGCGGCAGCAGACAAUGCAAGAAUUCGUGGUACCGAAGAGUAUUCCGACUGCUCGUUCAGGGAAGGAAGCAUGGGAGCAAUGGUUUUCAGUGGAUCCCAAGCGUGGUGUUUACUGUGCCCUCAAGGACUAUUCCAAGGAAAUGAUCAAGAGUGACCGUCGAAAGUACUCCGAGCGGCAGACCCUGGCGACUGCUUUCAACAAAUUCGUACUGGGGUUUGCUUCAAGAAGUUAG